AUGAGGGUUACAGAGAUUGUUAUCGACGUGAGUUCUUGCAAAAUGAAACCGCAGUCAUUCCAAGCUGACAACCGCAGGGCUUCAAAUCGUACGCUGUGCGUACUGUUAUCUCAGGAUGGUAUGCGCCUUCUUUCUAACCCAGCCUUGCAAAACCGGGAGACUCUCUACUGCUGUGGAGAGAAUACUGUGCUUUCCUCUUGGCAAGUGCGAACACAAAGACUGACCGUUGCGCGCAGGGACGAAUCCUUCAACUCCAUCACUGGCCUGAACGGCAGUGGUAAAUCGAACAUUCUCGAUGCUAUCUGUUUUGUUCUCGGCAUUACCAACAUGUCCACCGUUCGUGCGCAGAACCUGCAGGAUCUUAUCUACAAGCGCGGCCAAGCCGGUGUCACCAAGGCCAGUGUGACUAUCGUCUUCGACAACCGGGAUACCUCCAAAUCGCCAAUCGGUUUCGAAGAGUAUGCGACGAUCUCCGUUACGCGCCAGAUUGUUCUGGGCGGCACAAGCAAAUAUCUGAUCAACGGGCAUCGUGCGCAACAACAAACGGUACAGAAUCUCUUCCAAAGUGUCCAGCUGAAUAUCAACAACCCAAACUUCUUGAUCAUGCAGGGGCGGAUUACGAAGGUUCUGAAUAUGAAGGCCGUGGAAAUUCUGUCCAUGAUCGAGGAAGCGGCCGGUACGCGCAUGUUCGAGGAUCGAAGGGAGAAGGCAGUUAAGACAAUGUCUAAGAAGGAGUUGAAGCUACGGGAGAUCGAAGGCCUGCUGAAGGAGGAGAUCGAGCCGAAGUUGGAGAAGCUCAGAGCCGAGAAGCGAGCCUUUCUCGAUUUCCAGCAGACCCAGAACGACCUGGAGCGCUUGACUCGGUUGGUCGUUGCUCAUGACUAUCUCCGAAGCGGCGAGCGGCUGCGGGUGGCUGGCGAGGAAUGCGAGAACAAACGACGCAAAGUCCAAGCGCUGGAAGAUAAUGCCGCCAAACUCAAGAGCGAGAUAGUACAUUUGGAAGAGGAUGUGAAGCGGGUAAGGGCGGCUCGGGACAAAGAAUUACGGAAGGGCGGCAAAUUCCAGGCUCUUGAGGAUGAGGUGAAGUCGCAUUCGCACGAACUCGUCCGAUUGGCCACGCAGGUAGACCUGAAGAUCGCAAGUACCGCUGAAGAGAAAGAGAAGCGGAAAACAGUUCAAAAGACUGUGAGCGACCUUGAGAAAGUCCUCAAGGAGAAGAAGAAGAUUUACGACAAGUUGCAAGCACAAUACGAUACUGCAAAGGCCGAAUUCGAUGCCCAGACGGCCGAAGUGGAACAGAAGGAGGAAUUGCUGCAAACAUUACAGACCGGUGUCGCAUCCAAGGAAGGUCAAGAGAGCGGGUAUCAGGGACAGCUACAGGAUGCACGUAAUCGUGCAAGUGCGGCGGCCACCGAACAAGAGCAGGCCAAACUCAAGAUUGCCCAUUUUGAGAAGAGAAUUAAGGAGGAAGAACCACGGGCUAAAAAGGCUAAGCAACAGAAUUCGGGUCUUUUAGAAGAGCUCGAAGGCUUGAAGUCCCAAGCCAAGAAGCUUGAGACCGAACUCACUCGACUCGGGUUCGAACCAGGGAGAGAAGAGCAGAUCUAUAAAGAGCAGACAGAACUGCAAAGAGACAUUCGCGACCUGCGCGAGAGAGCCGAUGGGCUCAAGAGAAAAGUGGCAAACAUUGAUUUCAAUUACACGGACCCCCACCCUAAUUUCGAUCGAUCUAAGGUCAAGGGUCUGGUAGCUCAGCUCUUCACCCUGGACAAAGACAAGAUCCAGGCUUCUACAGCCUUGGAGAUCUGUGCUGGCGGCCGCCUAUACAACGUUGUUGUCGACACGGCAGACACUGGUUCACAACUCCUGCAGAAAGGAAAACUCCGCAAGCGUGUCACCAUUAUCCCCUUGAACAAGAUCUCUGCUUUCAGAGCAUCCGCAGACAAGAUUGGGGCAGCGCAAAAUAUCGCACCAGGCAAGGUGGAUCUCGCUUUGUCAUUGAUCGGCUAUGACGAGGAAGUCACGGCGGCAAUGAAUUAUGUCUUUGGUAAUACCUUGAUAUGUCAGGAUGCGGAUACUGCUAAGAGAGUUACAUUCGAUCCUGCUGUCCGGAUCAAGAGUGUUACGCUUGAGGGCGAUGUCUAUGACCCGUCAGGAACCCUGUCUGGUGGUAGCUCACCCAAUUCCAGUGGUGUUCUUGUCACCCUCCAGAAGCUCAAUGAGAUAACGAGGGAAAUGAGGAGUAAGGAACGUCUCCUGGCGUCCCUAGAGGACACAAUGAGAAAGGAAAAGAAGAAGCUCGAUGCCGUCCGUGCUAUCAAACAGGAGUUGGACCUCAAAACACACGAGAUUAAGCUCACUGAGGAACAAAUCAGCAAUAACUCCUCUUCCUCGAUUAUUCAUGCUGUUGAGGAGAUGAAGACGAAUAUCGAACAGCUGAAGAAGGAUAUCUCAGACGCAAAGACGCGUCAGAGCGAGGCUACCAAGGAUAUAAAGCGAAUUGAGAAAGACAUGAGCGAAUUCAACAACAACAAAGAUAGCAAGCUGGCCGAACUGCAAGCCUCGCUUGAUUCUCUCAAGAAGAGCCUCGCUAAGAACUCAAAUUCGGUUAAGGCACUGCAGAAAGAACUUCAGAAUUCGCGACUUGAAUCCGAGCAGGUUGGCAGUGAUCUAUCGGCGGCAGAAGAGCAGUAUGCCGACGCUGAAAAUACGCUGAAAGCCCAGAUGGAGGAGAUUCAAUCAAUGAAACGAGAACAAGCUCGAAUUAAGGAUGCCCAUGAUAUUGCUCAAGCGCAGCUUGAGGAUGAAAGAGCCAAGCUGACCGGUUUUGAUGAGGAACUGCGAGAGCUUGAGGAGGCGAUGCAUUCGAAGAACUCGCGGAUCACUGAAGAGGGCCUUGAAAUGCAGAAGCUUGGCCACCAGCUCGAAAAGCUGCAGAAAGAACAACAGGCAGCGGCCCAGGCUGUUGCCCACAUGGAGGAAGAGCAUGAGUGGAUUGCGGAUGAAAAGGACAAUUUUGGGCGCUCUAACACCCCAUACGACUUCAAGAGCCAAAAUAUUGCUGAGUGCAGGGCUACCCUGCGCAAUGUCACUGAAAGAUUCCAAGGGAUGAAGAAAAAGAUCAACCCCAAGGUGAUGAACAUGAUCGACAGCGUGGAGAAGAAGGAGGCUGCUCUCAAGAACAUGAUGAAAACGGUCAUCAGAGAUAAGAGCAAGAUUGAGGAAACCAUCCUCAAUCUAAAUGAGUACAAGAAGGAGGCUCUUCACAAGACGUGGACCAAAGUCAAUGGUGACUUUGGUCAGAUCUUUGCGGAGCUUCUGCCAGGCAGUUUUGCUAAACUCGACCCCCCCGAAGGCAAGGACAUCACCGAUGGCCUCGAAGUCAAGGUGUCUUUGGGUAAGGUGUGGAAGCAGAGUUUGACGGAACUGAGUGGUGGCCAACGAUCCCUUAUUGCUCUGUCCUUGAUCAUGGCGCUCCUGCAGUUUAAGCCCGCGCCGAUGUACAUUCUCGACGAAGUUGACGCUGCGCUGGAUUUGUCUCACACGCAGAACAUUGGUCGAUUGAUCAAGACUCGCUUCAAGGGCUCCCAGUUCAUUGUCGUCUCUCUGAAGGACGGCAUGUUCCAGAACGCUAACCGCAUCUUCCGGACAAGGUUCAGCGAGGGAACCAGUGUGGUGCAGGCGCUGACGCCAGCCGAUAUGAAAUAG